AAGCAACAAAAAACCAGCGAAUUUAAAAUAAUGGAUCGUGGCUCCGGACGUUAUUCAUACAAUCGUCGUGAAGGCGGUGGUGGCCAGCGUGGUGGUAAUAAUGGCGGUGGACACAAUCAACACCAUAACAAUCAUUCAAAUUCAUCCCUAUCAUCAUCCUCCUCAUCGUCAUUAUCAUCAUCUUCAAAUAACCAUAAUAAUAAUCAUUACGAUAAUCAUAAUUCAUAUAAUUCACAUCGUAAUACAAGUAAUAAUUCGUCGUCACAUUAUUCAAAUAAUUCGCUACAAAAUAAUUCAUCAUCGUCGUCGUCGUCGAUGUAUGCAAAUACAACAACACAUAUAAGCAAUAAUAUAACAUCAACAGCCCGCGAACCGAUAACACAACAUGAUGAACUUAUACGCUAUAUAAGAGAAGCAUGGACAAAAGUUAGUGAACAAAGUACAUCUGUUCUAUACAACGAUACUGAUAAUCAAUUAAAAAAUUUUAAACCAUUCAAUUUGGAAGAGUAUUGGGGCCAACGACUGGUUCAAAAUAUACACGUCUCUUCCCAUGGUCAUCAAUAAGAAGUCUCCAUUUUAUAUAUCACAAACAGACAGACAGACA